GCGUCGGAUAAAGCUGUGCGAUGAAUGAGACGGGAGACUGACAGAGGGCAGAGGGGUGGAUGAUGAUGACGAUGAUGAUGAAGACGAAGGAGGAGAAUGAUCAAGCCAACGAAGCAUCGCCGUCGUAGUUUUUCGUCACCCGCAUGCCUGUUUUGGAGAAAUACCGAGGAAAAAAUAACACGUAAAGACUCCUCCGUACAGAUGCUGGAGCUCUCGCCAACGUAAACCAUCGGGUGAAGCUGAGCUGCUGUCUAAUCUCAGAGGAGAACGGAACGUGAUGGUAAAACCCGGAGAGGGAACCAAAUUUCUUUUGCAUCAUCUCCAGGAGCAACGGAGAGAAUGGAGCGCCGUCUGAAAGGAAGAUGUUUGUCGCCUCCGAGCUGCAGUAAAUGCCUCACAUGCAGUGAAACUCAGUAAUAUUUCUCAGCCGGAGGCUUUUUUUUUUUUUUAAUGGCACGUCGGACUGUGGUGAAAAAUAAGCGACUAAAGCUGGGAUUUAUGAACUCGCGCGAUUUGUUUAAAUAGGAAUGUGAAUAUUUCUCCUCUUUUUUUCUUAUUCAUCCCACUUAUGAGAUUUGACGCCAGCUCCUUGUAUUUAUAAGCGAGCUAAAAUCUUAUUGUUCAAGGCUUGGUAAUGUUUCGAACACUUUUACCAGCAUUUACUGUCGAGCCUUUCAGUAUUUUCCCCCAACUUUCAACUUAAAAUAGCCUAAUUCUGUCCUAAACUAGGCUCCGUUUGCUGUCAGCCAGCUCCAUAAUCCUUUAAAGUCGAGCAGCUUGCUUAUUUGGCUAACGGUAGCAGCAACCAGCGUCUGUGCUGCUGUUGUGUUGUCGGUCAUCAUGCAUGCACCGACACGUUUCGCUCCGACGAGACCAGCCGAAAGGAUGUGCCCAAGGGCAUAGCAGCACAGCCAGCCAUGUCUGACUGAGAGCAACCGAACGGCUCCGCAGAGCGGUCCAGAACCCCACAGCGAGCAGAGCAGAGCAGAGCAGAGCGGCUUUAUUCAGAGGGGGAAGACGGCGGAUCAACACCAGCAGCAACUAGUCCGUUCCCCCCCUCAGCAGGAGUCCAUCGACUGGAUCAUUUUCGACCCAACUUGGCACCCAAACCAAGCAGAAAUGGGUGAGCAGCCCAUCUUCAGUACGCGGGCCCACGUCUUCCAGAUCGACCCGAGCACCAAGAAGAACUGGGUUCCUACCAGUAAGCACGCCGUCACAGUCUCCUACUUCUUCGACAGUACCAGGAAUGUGUAUCGGAUCAUCAGUCUGGAUGGCUCCAAGGCUAUCAUCAACAGCACCAUCACCCCCAACAUGACCUUCACCAAGACGUCGCAGAAGUUCGGCCAGUGGGCCGACAGCCGGGCCAACACCGUCUACGGCCUCGGCUUCUCGUCCGAGAGUCACUUGAGCAAGUUUGCGGAAAAAUUUGCAGAGUUCAAGGAAGCGGCCCGGUUAGCGAAGGAGAAGUCCCAGGAGAAGACGGAGCUCAGCAGUACGCCCUCGCAGGGUGGCGCUAUAAAGCGGAAUGUGUUAUCUGUCAACAAACCUGGUAAAAAGAAGGAAUCUGCGCCAGGUGACCUCCAGUCACCUUUGACCCCAGAAAGCAUCAACGGUACAGACGAGGACAGAGUCACACCCAACACGCCGAAGCACAGCGAAGCCAGAGCAGAACCUCCCCAAAACGCUUUACCGUUCUCUCACAGUUCCUCCAGCAUCAACAAGCACUGGGAGGCCGAGCUGGCGGCGCUGAAGGGGAACAACGCCAAGCUGACGGCGGCGCUGCUCGAGUCCACGGCCAACGUCAAGCAGUGGAAGCAGCAGCUGGCGGCCUAUCAGGAGGAGGCGGAGCGGCUGCACAAGCGGGUGACGGAGCUGGAGUGCGUGAGCGGCCAAACGACGGUCAACAAGUCUCAGAAAACGGAGCUGAACAGAACAAUAGAGGAGCUGGAGGCGGCGCUGAGGGCCAAGGAGGAGGAGCUGGAGAGACUUAAGGAGGAGGUGGAGAGUGCCAACGAGUUUAAGUUUCAAAAAGACUCCCUGACACAGAAACUAAAGGAGACGGAGUCGAGGAACCAGACGCUGGAGGCGCAGCUGAGCGACCUGGAGCAGCGCCUGGAGAGCAGCCAGCUGGAGCGGGAAGCCUACAUGAAGAGCCUGCGCUCCCUGCUGGAGCUGCUGGACAGCAAGAUCUUCGAGCUGACGGAGCUGCGGGACACGCUGGCCAAGCUGGUGGAGGGCAGCUAGAGCUCCUCCACCGCCCGACGUCGUCCCCAACACAACUUGAAAUCUCUUCUCUCUUUCGUUUUUUUUUUUUUUGUACAUGUUCAAGAGUUUACACGACUUGAUGCAUUAGCGGUACACGAACUUCGCCACUUCAGAUGGUUUACAAACAGCCAAGUGAAGCCUUUUCUUUGCUCCACUGUGGAAAACCUUCUCAUUAUGAUUUAGAUUUUUUGUUGUUUUUUUUUUUUACCACCAUGAUAUGCUAAUCGACUGAGCUUCAGCGGAACACCGGAGCCGCGUCCUCGACUCCACGAUUGCGCUUCAACGUUUUUCCUCACUUGUUCACUGAAAUCAGCCAAACGAGCUCCUGCUCCUCCUUCGACUCGAGACGGAUUUCUUUCCUUUACUCGCAGGAUGAAGAGAUAAUCACAGGAACCGCCACACGAGGAUGUCGGUUCGUCUUAUAUUCUUCUACAACCCAUGAGCAAUACACUAAAGGAGGUACCGCAAACUCUUCCCACUCUCACUUUCAGGUAACCUUCCUGCUCCUGCCGACUGGUUUGAACCAAAAGCGAUUCAGGAUUUUCUUCAGUCUCUUCUGUUUGUGUGUGAGUGAAUCAGAUUGUUUUUCCUGUUUUUCUUUUUGGUGCAUUUUGAAGUGCAAUGGUUUGAAUUCUUGUUUUUUUUUUAAAUUAUUUAUUACCAAAAUAUUUAGAAUAAACAACAUUGUAAAAUGUUAAUUUAAUUGUCUGGUAUGUGGCUGUGAAGAUGGUUUUAUUUCCGAGAGCAUAAGGAAAUCAUGACGUAUGCGACCGAAUUAGUUUUUUUUUUCUUUUGCCAAAUACUGUUUGUUCCUGUACAGAUCUGAACUCUUGCUGAUGUUGCCUUGGGCACUAAGAUGCAUCAAUGGUAGCUAACUGAUGGUACAUUUGGGAUUUUAUUUUUCCUUGUGGGAUUACCUGUUGCCAAAAAUGAAAGAAUAUGCUAAAGUACGAACACCUGCAGAACACUAUUUUAAGGGCUUGUUCUUGGUUUGGGUCAAACUUUGGGUGAUUUUUAGUGGCGGCUUUAAACUUUAAAGGCGACGAUGUGUGAUGUUGCUGAAAAAGGCAUUUGAAGAAAUUUUAAAUGUGAAGUGAAGACACAUGAUAAAACACAAAUUGUAAUUUUAAGUUUAUAUUAAAAGAAAAUCUGAUGAAGACAGUGAUUUGGUCUCUUUUAUUUUUCAGUCUGUGGAGAAUCGUAGUAGUUCUAUAGUUCAACAAAAGCAACAAAAAAAAGAGCAAACAUCAGCUUAUUUUGCUUUUACUUUUGUCAGUUUUGGUCCUCCAUAGGUAAAUCCCAAACAGGGUGAUAAAAAUAAAAGAAAAUCUCAGCCACUGAAAAUGUCAAAGUUAACUUCUAUGAGCCUCCACAUCUAUACAGUUUUAUAGAUUGAAAGAACUCUAAAAAGACAGAAGUUUUGGUGCUUUUAAUAUGAAAGGAAAAAUAAAGAUUUUUUUGGGGGGGUUAUGGAAAAGCAGAGAGGAAUGGCGUGAUGGGAAACAUCAUCAAGUACAUUUAAAAACAUCUUUAAAAUAUGACGCUUCAAUAAAUACUUCAAUACAUUUAGGCAUGUGGAUACAUUUCUCAUGAUUUACAUUUGUUUACAGUAUUAAUCAUAAAAUGACUUUUUUUUCUCCGAUCUUCAUUAUUGCACAUACGUUGUGAUGGGUUUGCCCUCCUCAAGCCAGUCUUGUGCAAAAGUUGCUAAAACCGGAUGCUAGUUUAACAACAACAAAAGGUAGCAAGCUGGAUUCUUGGUUGCUUUUUCCCCCCCGAUAAACUGGAAAACACAAACCCGUUAGCUGUGACGGCUUCACAGAGGCGGAGGAAAAGCAACUACAUGCAAAUAAACCACGGUGGCUUCGACACUCGGCAGCAGUCUGAGCCAGAUUACUUGACGCCACAGUUAGCUUAGCAAUAUGCUAACGUAAAACGAUGUAAACGGUGCUCUGUGUUGAAGGAGAUCCUAAAAGCUGGAGGAAUCCAACGCCGCUAAGCUACGCCAAGCUAAAAGUGUUGCAAAUUGAAAUUAUAAAAAAUCUCCAAAGAAAACUAGAGAAGAGAAAUGCUGGUUUUCAGUUCUCAGUGCUGGACACCUUUGGUCAACAUACACACUUGUUUUAUGCAUUAUAGCGGCAUCUUUGAAUGCUUCAUUUAAAAACACGAUCUGCUUGUGACGCCGUAUGAAACACAACUAAAGCCCUCUGUUCUGUUGGGGAGUUAAAUUCCUUACGGUUUUCUUUAGUUACUAAUAGUUUUUACAAUUGUGCUUUACUUUUAAAUUCUAACCAAAAGUGAAACUGUAAAUCGACAUUCAACAAAUAUUAAAAACAAGUGAACAAAAAAGAAUGCAGCAAACAAUCCUGCUAUUUACCUACAAGGGAAAAAGAAAACAUAUCUUGCAAAUAAGCCACAGUACUUGAUGCAUAAUUUGUCAAAGAAACUGAUUUUCAGUAUAAAAAAACAUAUUUAAAAACAUUAAAUAAUAGUAAUAAUAAUAAUAAAAAACUAAAAUAAUCACUCACACACCAAACGUUAACACAAAGUCCAAAAGCACACAAUAAAAGAAAAGAGAAAAAAAAAAGCCACAGAAAAAGCAUCUCUUGGAAACACCUCCUGCUGAAAUGUGUGAGCAGAUGAGCACCUGCCACCAGGGGGCAGUGAAGUCCCAAUGAACCUGGCAUCGGCUCAGAAUGGGAAAGAAAUGCAUUUAAUCUAAUCACAUUCUCACUCUGUGAACUUCGUUAUAACUGCUUCCUACAUCUGAAAUUGUUUUAUCUAAUGUUUCAGUUUCUUCCCAGUGAAGCUAAUCAACUCACAGCUGAGAUUAUGAGUAAACAGAACAGUAAAUCUUAUAUUUUAUCGUCUCGUAUGGCGAUAAAAGCAGCCAGAAACGCAUUCAGACAACUCUUUACAGUUGAAAUGGAGGCAACAGAAACAGCUUUCAUCAAAAAUACUGAGCUGGCAUGAACAGCGUCUGUGCUCGGCAGGCCGCCUUAUCGAGGUAUACCGAAGUUUUAGAAAGUUACAGUCAGCAUUCCUACAGGUCUAAAUGCUGCACACUGCUAAUCAGCCUUUUGAUAGAAGACGACAGGACAGAUAAAUCAAACUAAUAACCAGCUGAUAUCCAUUUGUUAAACCUGUGCUAGUGCCCAUAAUAACCAGGGUUGCCCAAAGAAAGCUUGGCAAAACUACGGCAGUUCAUCAACGGCCCGCCAUGUUUUUUAUGUUGAAAAAUGUUACAAGUUACAAAAAUUAGGAGAUGCACAAGCAGGCAUCAUAAUUUUGAAAUGAUGUGUGGGGCGCAAUUCAAUGCGUCCGCUAUAAACACAGCUCAAUCCGUCUUUUCUGUCACUUGGUGUAUAAAAAGAAUAACCUUAUUUAAAGUAAACAAAUGACACUUUGCCUGGUGGGCAGGCAAAUAAAGCCUGGUGGCCCACCAGGCUUAUAACAGACUGGGGGAAGCCCUGAACAACAAAUGCGAUCUAAAGUGAAAUUGUCUAUACAUUGUACUGUUUUAGCCUCAGUAAAAAUACCUCUUGUUUCCCUAUUUUGACUAAAAGCAAAGUAAAGUUCGGCCUGAUGGCUACGGCAAAACACAAAGAAACCAACAGAAUUUCAAAAAAGGAACUGAUUUUUGUCUUGGAUUAAUAUGAUUUGAUUUCCUGCCUUCUCUAACGGACCCCAUGUUUUUCUCUUGCUACAACAUCUCACCGCUCCUUUCAGUGAUCAGGGACACUUGUGUGAGAUUUGCAGGUACUACUGAGCUCUGGAAAUAGUUGCUGUGAAGUGAAGUUUGAAGGUGCGACAGAGCGUGUGACUCUUAUAGCAGAAAGGAGCAAACGAUUCCUUCUUCAAACAAACCCAUCACAAGGAGCUACAGUACGACUCGGAUGUAACAGGAGGUCGGAGGUUGUGUCCUCUCCAAAACCGCAACAGCAACACCUUAAAAAACAACAAGUCUUUACAAACACAAGUCUGGAAUAACAA